GCCUGUUGUACCAUUCAACAACCGUGUGUCCGCUUUAACCGCUCACAGGGCAUCAGACCGUCUCACGUCCUUGUCCACAUCCACAGCCACCCAUCCAUCAAACCAACAAAAUGAGCGUCAUAUGUGGCAGGCAGGCAGGCAGCUUAAACCAGACGGCAAAUGACCCACUCAACCCGUCACGCACGCACUCAGUUCAGGGGACACCGGGGGGCAGGGAAGAAGGAACAGAAGACAGACAGACGGACCAAAACAAAGGCAAACAGAACCUCCACCCCACAGUAACAAAACACCGAGCACCAUGGAAACACACACAUACACAUGAGGAAGAGAAUGUGAAUGCGAUGGAUGUGGAGAUUCUGUUCGAUGCACACACAGCACAGCGCAACUCUCUGCCACAUUGACAGACAAACAAAUGCGGUUGGUGAAUGAAUGGAGUGCGAGAGACGGCCCAAAACUGGUCUGCCGACAUUGUUGGUGACGGCAGGGCCAAGAGGAGCAAGAGAGAGCACCGACGAUUGGAAUAAAUCGAUUCAGAAACAAACAAAUGGGUGCGGCCGGUCUCUCUGAAAUCCUUGCUGACCGGACAAGGCACCCGACUACAGAGAGCGAUACGAUACGAUACGCAGAGCGAUAGAGACAUGCAUCAUGGCAUGACAGGACCACAACACCGAUCGCAUCGCAGUAAGCGCCACCAGGCAGAUAGAAGACAAAACAUAGCCGGCUGGUCGCACCGCACGUGUUGUGGUGCAUCCAUCCAUCGUACGGCCCGCCACAUCCAUAUACGUCAUCCAUGUGUGUAUGGUAUGUAUGGGUGUAUAUGGAUGGAUAGACAGAGAGAGACACAAAGAGGAAGGAACCUUUCACUGACAGGCCGGCAGCAAGGGAGCGGAGCCGGGCACAUAUGUACUUCCGUACGCUACGCAUGCACUUACUGUUUGUGCCUGUCUGUCUGUCUAUCCAUCUGUCUGUCUGUCUGUCUGUGCGUGUCAGUGUCAUGCUCAUGGAUGGGAUGGAUGUGGCCUCAGGGAAAAGUGGGAUGGAUGGAUGGAUGGACGGGUGCCAUCGAUGUCCGUCAGGAAGCUGAUACGACACGACAAACAGUGUAGGUGUGUGUAUAUAGCACGGAUGGAUACGGUACAGGUAGUUAAACUGUGCAGGCGGGUGUCAGUGUGACACGGUUGUGAGCAAAAACGAGUCGUAUGGGUAUGGGAGACAGUGGCGGGCAGGGCAGGGCAGGGCAAGAAGGAAAAAAGAAUCGUGCGGUGUGGCACCAUGGCUUGAUGACACAUACACACUGAAUGUAUUCAAACAGACAGACAGACAGACAGAGACAGAGACAGAGAUACCCAUAUGCAGUCAAGAGACAAAAAUCCCCAUAACAGCUGCAAUAGCGGCACAUAUAAUGCCCUGCCGCUCAGCCAAUGUAGCUCUCGACAGCAGGCAGCAUCGUUCCGCCUAGGCCUAUAACGCGCUAGACGGACUGUACACGUACGAAACACCUCCCUCGAUGCCCACGUGAGGCAUUCAUUCCAAACACAACCAACGCCCAUACGAGAAGAGACACACAGGCAGGCAAACUAAACCAAACGGUCUCAGCAUAGCAUCCCUCCAAGGCACACACAGAUGAACACGCGGACAGACGUCCGUCCAUCCCCCAUCUGUCCUUUCUCUCCCUUCCCUCCCUCAGCAUGAAGCGCACGUACGUACUCAACAAGCCAUGGCGCCACACCACACUCAGAGCAGACCAGGACAGAGGAGGAAAAAUGACUCGGUCGUAUGUCUCAUCUUGGCUUAGAAAACACCCCAAAAACGCGCAAACCAAAGCCCCCUCCCCUCCCAAUCACACCAGGUGAGGUCAGCGUCCGUGGCGGCUGUGGUGGCCGCCGUGGCCAUGGCCGUGGCCGUAUGUCUUGUAAUGGGUGGGCGGUGCCUUGCCGGCGGGGUAUUCGGCCACCUUGGCCACCGUGUGCUUGGAGCUGCACUGCCCGUCAUCGCCCAUUGUGUAUCCAUGCUCACAGUAGGGGGUGGCAUCGAUCAUGGAUUCGGUGUAGCAUUGGCUCUGUCUCAGCUCGCCCUCGGCACACUCCGCUUGGGCGGCCCUGACGGCAGUCCGCACGCACUGCCCAGCUGCACGAGGCGCCCGCCACACACAUUAACAGGCAGGACACACAGGGAGGGAUCUUGAUAUGACCGUUUGUGUGGGUGUCGUUUGCCUUUCCUGCCAGGCAGGCUACCUUUGAUGACGUAUCCGGAUUCGCAUGACUGCUGCAUGGCCACCGUGUGCUCCACCAUGCACUUGCCGUCUGUCAUCUCGCCCCCCUUGGGACAUGACACGUCAACUGCAGAAAGCAAUCGCACGACGGCCGUGACAGAGGCAAGAUCAUGUCAUGCGUCAUGAUGGAGGACAUGUCAUCGUCUUGGCCACUGGUUGUCACAUAAGUACCUACCUGCAACGGCUGUCUCCUGGAAGCAGUGGCCCUGUGCGUUGGGGCCAGAGUAGUCAGCAGCGCACACAAAAACGGGAGCCACCUGAUCGUGCUGAUCAAUAUACAGACAGACACAUACGACCACAGACACAACCGAGGGAGGGUGCGUGUGUGCGCCUGCGCAUGUUUCCAUCUGUCUCCCUGUGUCCCUCCCUCCCUCCCUGCCUGCCUGCCUCGCUCACCUUAACGCAGACCUCCUCGGCUCCUUUGCUGGGGCCCUUGAGGUAGGAGCCGUCAGGGCAUAUGACGUAAGCAGCAUACGACGUGUCGACCUCCUUGGUGCACGCCUCGCUGGUGUCCGUCUCGUCCGCCUCGCACUCGGUGGUCUCUGCUGGCGUCUGCUCCUUCUUCAUACACUUACCCUGACACAAAACAGACAGACAGACAGACAGAUAACAGACAGACAGACAGACAGAUCGAACAAAUCAGUGAGUGGAUGGAGAGAGGUCCGUCACACAUGAAGGGUCCGCAGCACACCUUGCUGGGGCUGUCGUAGCCAUCGGGGCAUGUGUAGGUGGGUCGCUGCUUAUAGGUGACAAGGCAUGUCCCUGCGUCGGUCGGGGUGCCACCUUUGGAGCAGACGACGUUUCCCGCCACUGGUUGCUCCUCAUAACACUUGCCCUCUUUGCAUCCCUCAAUCUUGACUCUAGUGUAGCACUGUCCCUCUUUGACAUAGCUGUUCUUGGGGCUGCGGGGCAGUCACAUAGAUGGAAAAUGGAUGGAUGGAUGGAUGGAUGGAUGAAAGCAUCAAGAAGCACUCACCACAUCAUCUUGCCCUGCACCUCCCUGGUGUAAUCACAAUACCUGAGAGGGACACAUAGAUUCGAUCGCCGUCUGGGCAUUGUGUUUCUGGGGCGCGCGCACCCGUCUGAGCCAAUUUCGCCUUCGGCACACGAGGAAAUGGCGUCAGCAGGGACGUAGGUCUCACACAUACCGUUCUGAUACACACCACUGCACAUCAAUCACGUCACAUAAGGAAGUCACGAUGGAUCCAGAAAUCCCUUCCUCCCUGCUGCUGACGUACGUGGUGCAGUAAGCUUUCUUUUGUCGUGUGACGGUCUGCGUUGCGCUGCAGGUCUGGUAGGCCGACUUCUGGCCGUGACCCAUCUUGCCGUCGCAGACAUAUUCCGGGGUGCUCUCGGUCACGGCCACGCACACCUGCCUCUUGCCGACCUUCUUGUUCUUGUACCUGACAGUCACGCAAUCACACAAACACACAAUCGCCCGCAAACCAUCGCAAACAGUCGCGUGUACACACAAGAGGUCGAUGUUGUUGUAGCUAUGUUGUAGCUACCUCCUGCACUGGCAGCCCCCGUGCCUCUUGCACUUCCUGCGAGCGCACACCCGCUGCUCGAGCCCCUUGUAGCCCUUCAUCUUGCCUGCCUGCAGCGUGUAGUUGGCAGGACAGCCUGCCAAUGGAACGAUGGAUGGAUGGAUGAGCACACCAGAGUGAGAUCCCUCGCCGGAGUCGUCGGUGUGAGUGUCCAUCCCUGGUGGGCGUCACGUACCGACUUGAGCCGCGGCGUAUUUGGUGGAGACGCAUGCGCCGUCCCGGUAGGUGUAGCCGUGCUGGCAGCGGUAGACCGGCUCCAGCUCCUUGACCAUGCGACACUGGCCGUCCACCUCCUCGUAUUCAUCGGCGCAUUCCGCAAUGAUGUCCCUGAACUCCUCCCUGUAACACUGGUUGCCCGUCAGGUUAUACCCACCCUCACAGAUGUAAUCUGCCGGCUUGCUGCACACACAAACCACACCAUCCCGAUAACACAGAGAUAGAGAGAAACGCAUGGCAUCGCACUCCACUCCCAGUGUGGUGCUUGGCUUGCUUUGAGUGGAGAGAGACUUACUAAGCAGCCUGCAUGCAGCUGCCGCCGUCGACAAGUGUGCCUGCCUGAACGAGAUAGAUAAGGCGGAUCGGAUGCCUCGCAUCACGUUCGGUUCGCAUGUGUCCGUCGAUUCUUUUCCCUUACCUCGCAUCUAAGCUUGGGUUCGACGACCAUCACCUUUGAGCACAUCUCACCGUCCUCAACGUACCCAUCCGGACAAGAAUAUGUCACUUCUGCACAUACAGUCAGAGACACACAGCACAAGACCUUAUACAUCCUGCCUCCCUCUCUCUGAUGCCGCCUUGUCUGCCGUAGGCACAUGCAUACACACCUUUCGAUGGUGCUGGUGCUGGUGCCUUCUUGCCAGUGGGCGCAGGGGCAGGUGCCUUCUUGGGCUCGGCAUUCAGUGGAGCGAUGCCCAGCAAACAAAGAAGGACAUAGAUCUGCCUCAUGACGGGAGAGAGGAGCCUCUGGGGAGCACAGUCAAGCACAGAACGAGGGAAAUGCCGGCAGGAAAGAUCCGGCGCGCCGAU